GUCUAGUGAGUCGGAAUCUCCAUGUUCUUCUCCAUAUGAGCAUAAGAUUUAUUCACCGGAAUUAUGCGCACAUCAUUCUGACACAAAAAACCCUCAAACGAAUACAGAUGCUUGGAUUACGAAUUCAAAUGACUCAUCUACAUCUUCAGUCGCCUUAUCACCAGCAAAUCAGAAAAAGCUGAAGUUAAUUGUGCAUUCAGAUCCACAAAAGCCAAUAGAAGCAAGUAUGAGUGAUCCUUCCUUAUGUACUACUAAUCCAAACAUUACUCCCACCACAAUACCACCACCAUUUUCCUCUCCAGCCCAUCAAUCGCGUCUUGCUGCGAAACAACGCUUCUGUCUAGAGCCUCCCAAACCCUUAACAAUUGAUCCACUACGCUUUAUUGGUUCAAGAAACCAAGAACGUACACUUAUAUGCGCGAUGGAUGAUUGUUCUGAGGUUGUACAGCCUAUUAAAAGUCCUACGAUUUCCACAGCAAAUGUUUGGCCGACAGGCAAUGAAGAAGAACUCACGUUUUUGGAUUUACCAUCGAAAGUACUAUAUGACGAAACCCAGUUUCCUUCAACUCACUCUCCACAUACAUCUUUUAGAGGUACACCAGACUAUGAAAACACAGUUUAUGAAAGUGACUCUGGUGAAUGGCUAAGCGGCGACAUCCAACAAUACAAAGAUAUUAAGGAAGUACCUUUAGCUACUCCUGAAGACGUCAAGGACACUGACUCUUCAGCCAUUUUAGUUGAACAACCUUUGCAUGAGUAUGAAAAGUCGAAAUCCACCAACGAUUCCUCAUCACUAAAUUACAGUCCUCCAGGUUUCUACCAGCUUCUAUCUGUAACUAGGAAAAAAAAGUCAAGUAGUAUUCGCUUUAGUGAUUGGAAUUCAGAUGCAUCUAUUUCCAGUCCACCACCUCCUAUUCAACGUAGGUCAAUUAGUUCACCUUUAAGUCAAUCUGCUGAACAUCUAACUUGGGCUAAAAUCAAACAAAUUACAGUCAAGGAAGAAUUUGAGUCUACGCAUAUUUCGGAAUCACCUCCAUUAGCUAGGUCAUAUGACAAACAAAAGAAACAGCUACAAAUCCAGCUCGAUCAAACAAAUGAACGUGAAUAUUUGAUCGACCCGAAAAUGCUGUAUAAGAAUUUUAGUAUAUAUAGCGCAUGUGAAAAUGACAUUUCAGAUACAUCUAGCACAAGUAGUGCAGAUCUUGCUUCACAGUCUGUAAUUAUGCCAAAGCAAUCCAAUAUUCAAUUAAUAAAUGAGAGAUAUUAUAAUGUAAAUAUUGUAAACAUUGAAGAUAUUCGUCCCAAUAAGAAUUUAGAGAAACUUCAAAAAACUGUAAGUUCUACUCGACAUUACUCAAACAGAGACUCCAGAUCAUUAGACAGAAAGGAAUCAAGUUCUCUUAGAAUUGUGUAUCAAACACAAGCUGGAAAUCCAUCGUAUCCUUCCCUUUACUCUGCUGAAUCUGAAAAUCCUGUCUCAUUUAAAAAAUCCUCCUCACAUCGAACCAAAGUACACCCACAUACUACUCAAAAAGGUACGACAAGCCCAGAUCCUGAAGGUGUAUACGUGUUUCGUGUAGGUGGGAGACCUGGGACAGAAAAAUCUAACUCGACACCUGGAGCGAAUCAAACGCCUACCAAACCAGGUAUUCUUAAGAAACAUGUAAGUGAGAAGAAAUUCAUCAUGGGCGGUGAUACAAAUGAGCGUGACAGGAUUUCAGUCUGAUUUAAUUUCACCACGAUAUGAAAUGCGUGUAACUUUUGGGUCAUGCUCUGAAAACAUAUGAACCUGAGCGCUUUCCAAACACUCUAGUCCAAUAUUUUCGGACCAACAGAUAUUUGACCACAUCUGCUUCUUUCCUUGUAGGAUCACUGUCAGUGCAAUAAUUAGACACUUCCUUGUGUGGAAUUUUACCAACCCUUUAAUUUGACGCUGAAAUACAUGGAACUGUUUGCCUCAAACUACUUUGUUCCAAUUACUAUAUUCAUUUUUCUUUGAUUCUAAGUGGAGUUAUCUUUCAUAUUAUUAUUGGCUGCCUCGAUAUUUACUGCAACCGAAUAUGGUUAGUAAGGGUUAGAACUAUUCAGAUCAUAUCUAUAUAUCAUGUACCUAACCAAUUAUGCAAACUUUUCAGUUUUUAAAUCAGCAUUGGUUACCCAAUCAGCAAAAAUCAAAAUAAAUUCCGUAAAAUAUAAAGAGGAUUAUUUUCUGGGAAUAAUAAUCAAAAAUUAUGUACAGUAGUCCCUGCGCAUACCAGGAUGCUUUUUAAAAAAUGAGAAUCAGUGAGUUAGUGGACAAAAUACGUAAAAUCUUACU